AAGAGAGACUGAGGUGGGAACAGACUGAGGUUGGCUUUAAGUGUUUUGUUGCUCUGGUGGCUGUCAAAGAUAAGCAACAGCUCAUCUUUUUAUGGCGGGUCUCUUUCUCUCGCUUCUGCUUGCCUGGUUUCUUUCUACUUUCUGGGCUAAUUUCAGCUUUGCUAGCUGCUGCUGCUCUCUCUCUCUCUCUCUCUCUCUCUCUCUCUCUCACUUCUGAUAAAGGAUAUAUUCAUAUAUCGUGCAGCCUCAUGCCUUGCCUGUCUCUCUCUAAGCAUUGUUUUUGUUUGUUUCUGCCACUGAAUAUUUGAUUCAUUGUACUUUACCAACCGCAACCCACUACUUCCUACUCCCACACUUCAGUUUUUAACCUCUCUUCUUCUCUUUCUUCUUCCGCUUCACACACUCUCUAAUUCUUCUUUUGCCAAAUACCAUCAUUCAGUUUCUAAAAGUUGAAACUUUUUGCUCGAUUUGGUCCGGUUGAUCUUAAUUUGAGUGGUCGGACAUUUGCAGGAUUAGUGGGAUUCAAGAAUUGUGAGGGGACAAAACUAACAAGUAGAUCUCUUCCUUGCCAAAAAUGAAGUUCAUGAAACUUGGAUCGAAACCGGAUUUCUUUCAGACCGAUGGAGACACUAUAAGGUACGUCACAACUGAGUUGGCAACUGACAUAGCUGUUAAUGUCGGAGAUGUGAAGUUCUAUUUGCAUAAGUUUCCUCUUUUGUCCAAGAGUGCACGCCUGCAGAAACUGGUUGCAACCACAAAUGAAAACAGCGAUGAAAUCCACAUCCAUGAUAUUCCUGGUGGACCUGCUGCUUUUGAAAUAUGUGCCAAGUUCUGUUACGGCAUGACUGUCACUCUCAAUGCAUACAAUGUGGUUGCAACUCGAUGCGCAGCAGAGUAUCUGGAGAUGUACGAAACUAUUGAGAAAGGAAACCUAGUCUACAAGGUUGAAGUGUUCCUAAACUCUAGCGUCUUCCGGAGCUGGAAAGACUCGAUUAUUGUUCUUCAGACUACGAGGUCUCUUGUACCAUGGUCCGAGGAAGUUAAGGUGGUGAGCCACUGCCUUGAUUCCAUAGCUUCCAAGGCUACCAUUGAUACUUCCAAGGUUGAAUGGUCGUAUAUGUAUAACCACAAGAAACUACCAUCUAAUGGGAAUGAUUCACACUGGAAUGGAGUGGCAAAACAACAGAUGGUUCCGAAAGACUGGUGGGUGGAAGACCUCUGUGGGCUUCAACUUGAUUUAUACAAGCGGGUGAUAACAAUAAUCAAGACCAAAGGAAAAAUCUCUGGUGAUGUAAUAGGGGAAGCGUUAAAGGCAUAUAUUACCAGAAGGUUGUCAGAUUUUAGCAAGGGCAUGAUUCAGGGCGAUGUUGUAAAGAAUAAAUCAUUGGUGGAGACUGUAAUCCACUUACUCCCUGCACGCAGUGUCCCUUGCAGUUUCUUACUUAAAUUGUUAAAAGCGGCAAGACUGUUAGAAUGUGGAGAAGUCGAAAAAUGUGAGUUAAUUCGCAAAAUUGGCCAGCAGCUUGACGAGGCUACAGUUUCUGAUCUUUUGAUUCAACCCCCAACUGAUGAAACAAUAAAAUAUGAAGUUGACAUGGUGCAAAGCCUAAUUGAAGAGUUUGUGACACACAAUCGAAGUGCUCAGACUGAUCCUUCAAUGGAAACCGAAUUCCAGGAGAUUAGAAGUCCCAGGUUAUCAGAUACUUCCAAGGUGAAGGUGGCCAAGCUGGUUGACAGCUACCUUACUGAGAUUUCAUGUGAUCCCAACUUACCUGCGUCAAAGUUUGUCCAUCUUGCUGAAAUGGUAUCAAGCUUCUCAAGACCAACUCAUGAUGGACUUUACCGUGCCAUUGACAUGUAUCUAAAGGAACACCCAGGGAUCAGCAAGGGUGAGAAGAAGAGAAUGUGCAAAUUAAUGGACUGCAGGAAGUUGUCAGUAGAUGCCUGCAUGCAUGCUGUGCAAAAUGAGCGGCUACCCUUAAGAGUCGUUGCGCAGGUACUCUUCUUUGAACAGAUUAGGGCUUCAGCGUCCGGUGGCAGCACCAGUAUACCUGAUCUGCAAGGCUCCAUCUGGGCCUUACUCCCAGGUGGGUCUCAUGGGAGCUCAAGGUCAACCACAACCAACACAGAAGACGACUGGGAUGAUGUGCCGACAGCAGAAGAAAUCAAGGCUUUAAAAUGUGAGAUUUUCACUCCUAGGCUAGGCGAAGUGAAUGGAGGAGUUGGCAGUGAUAGAAAUGGGAACCCCGGUGCUACAAAAAAUCUUGAAAAAGUUCCAUCUGGUAAAGUGAAAGGUAUGAUCAUGUCGAAAAAGAUAUUUUCUAAGCUGUGGUCAAGCAAAGAAAGCAGUGGUGAAAUCAGCAGUUGUAAUACAUCAGAGAGCCCUGGUUCUUCUCGCAAUGCAGAAGAAAAAAAGUCCACCCGUUCGAGGAGUAGGAGGAAUUCGCUGUCUUAGUUACAGGCAUGCUUAGUAGAUUUAAAGUAUAAAUUGUUGACUGAUUUUGAGCCAAGGGGUCAUGUUGUUAGAGAACAAAAGAGCUUAGGUAUUUCACUUCUUGUAAGAAGAGUUCAUGAUCACGUUUAUGGUCCCAGACCACCUGUUGGAUUUCA